AUGUUCGAUUCACUCAUUAAAAAUAACAAGAUUAAUAUGAGUCUGGAGGAUCAAAACUUCGUCAAGGCUCUUAUAGCAGGCGACCAUACCCGAACACCCCAUGAAAAAAAGUUUUUGUUUGAUAUUAUUGCAAAUAAGACGAAUGGUCUCGACGUCGACAAGCUUGAUUAUCUUUGUCGUGAUACUGCAGUACUCAAUAUGCGAAUGAUGGUCUCACUCAUGUCACUGCAUAGGUUAUUAUCGGGCGCCAGGGUGGAUCCUCAAACAGGUCAUAUAUGCUAUAUCGACAAGGAUAUACUAACAGUCGAAACGUUUUUCCUGCAUCGUCGUUACUUGCACAACAAUCUAUACAACCACAAGACAGUCACGGCCAUUGGUUACAUGAUAGGGGAUGCUUUCAUCGCAGCGGACAAUUAUAUGAAGCUUUCAGAGGCUAUCUAUGACCCUGAACGAUACAUCACAUUGGAUGACCACAUCAUGAAACAAAUUAAAGAAUCUGAUUGUCCAGAAUUGGCAGAGUCUCGAAAAAUUCUCGAACGGAUUACCUCAAGGGAUCUUUACAGAAAGGCCGGUUCAAGAAUGAUCCGGUGCUCUGACUUUCCACGAAUUCGAGCCUAUGUCACUCCCGAUAGAAUUGCGGAGGCAACCAUCCUAUGCUCAGAAAAGAUGGAUUCCAAGGAUCAGGAAAUUGCAUCUGUCCUCCAACCAUCGGACAUCAUUGUUCAUUUCUCUUCAAGACACUUUGGCAUGGGGGAACAAAACCCAAUGGAUAUACUGAAAUUCUACAGCCGGGACAACUUGAAUGAUUUUCAUAGUGCACGGUCUACUGGCCAAUACGAUCCUCAAGAACCUGUUUGCCAACAUUUUCUUCUAGUUUUUGUGAAACAGGAGAAGUUUCUGGAGGUCGUGAAGGCGGGAUAUAAACAAAUAGAAGAAAACUUUAUUGAGCACAAAGUCGCCGAAUCCAGCCCACCUGCCAUUGACAGUGCUUAA